AUGGCUGAUCAGAUUAAGCAAUUGACCAAGGUCAACCAGCUGCGCCCAUUGGACAGUGGCCUUAAUUUAACAGUUAAGGUUGUCAAUGCAAAGAAUGUUGCACAAAGAGGUCCAAACCAAGCACGGAUUUCUGAAUGCUUAGUUGGGGACGAAACGGGAAUUAUUAUUUUUUCCGCCAGAAAAGAUCAAGGUUCGCAACUUUCUGAAUUUUGGGAUAUGUCUUCACUGUAUAGUGUUUUGAGACCCGGACCGGCCCGGCGGGUCGACCCGGAGCCGGAACCGGUCCGGGUGGAGUAUUUGGACCGGACAACCAAGGACCCGGUCAAAACCCGGCCGACCUGGCAGAGACCUGGCCGACCCGGGGCAUUGACCCGGCUGGGUCAACCAGUGGAUCUUUCUAAAGAAGGUAACACCCUUGUCCUCACGAAUGCAAAAGUUGAGAUGUUCAAGGGAUCAAUGAGACUGGCUGUGGAUCGUUUGGGCCGUGUUGAAGUGGGCGAGCCUGCUGGCUUCACUGUGGAUGAGAGUAACAAUUUAUCGUUGAUUGAGUUUGAACGUAUUGAUGUUAUGGUUUGAGCAAGGCUCCGGAUAUGUUAUGGUCUUUGGAUUUUGAAGUUGCUUUAUUUCUUUAGACUUUCU